GGUGUGACGAAGCUUUUUCAUUAUUAUUUACUUCGCAUAUUCAUUAAUCAAACUCAUUUGAUGUUAGCCACGGAGCAACUGACAAUCGAUAAAGCAGAGCGUGUCUGCAAGUGGUACUUCCGAAUUGGGUUCUGCUUUAUGCCAUGGAUGUGGGCUGCGCUGUGGUAUUUUUUUUCACUCCAUCAAUCUCAGAGCAAUGUCAUCGCUUGGUACGUUAGGAUGUCAUUUAGGCUCUUCAUCUUUAACUGUUUGUUUUAUGUGUUCAUCUACUUCGCCUUCUUGCUGCUUGUCCCUUCUACGAGUAAAUUUUGGAUUAUUCCUCCGUUCACAGGCCAGUGGCAACCUGGCUAUUUUGCCACCCCUGUGGAAUGACGUUUUCAUUUGUCUUUCCAAAACCUCUUUUGAACUGUUGCGGAAAAAACAAUCGA